CUGACUGGCAGCACUGCUGGGCUGCACUGGUGGGUGGCACUGGUGGGCAGCACUGGUGGGUGGGCACAGGUGGGUGGCACUGGUGGGCACAGGUGGGUGGGCACAGGUGGGUGGCACUGCUGGGCACAGGUAGGUGGCACUUCUGGGCACAGGUGUGUGAAAUUGCAGAGUGGCACAGGUGGGUGCACUGCUGGGCACAGGUGGGUGCACUGCUGGGCACAGGUGGGCGGAGCUAGUGGGCGCACUGCAGGGCACAGGUGGGCGGAACUUGCGGGUGGCACUGCUGGGCACCGAUCAUCAGGGCACUGAUCAUCAGUGCCCUGAUGAUCACGUGUCAUUGGACACCGCUGAUCAGGUGGUA